AUGUCUCGUCCCAACUACAAGCGGUGGCUACUCUGGGCCGGCACUUUAGCCACUCGAGAAAACGACCACAUCCUGAAUCAGGCUGAUUUGUUUUCCCACUACCAGAUCUCUGUCCAGCGGUCUUUGGCCAUCUCCAGCUCGUCAAUAUCGAUAUUUUUCUGCUUGGCCGCCAUUUACUGCUUUUUGGCCAUCGAUCCAAGAAGGCUCGUGUUUCGUCACCACUUAAUUGCAUUUCUCCUCCUAUUCGAUCUACUAAAGGCUUUCAUUCUCUUGCUAUACCCGGCCAGGGUUCUCACUCACCCUACGGCGUACGCCAACCAGCGCUUCUGCCAAGUUGUGGGCUUUUUCACCACGACGGCCAUCGAAGGUGCAGAUUUGGCCAUCUUGACUUUUGCAUUACAUACGUUAUUGCUUAUUUUCAAGCCUAACCUUUCAGUCAAGGUGCUGAAUUCCGGCAGAGUCGAAGGCGGCAUGUACAAGUACCGCUACUACGUUUAUGGCUUGUCUUUUGUUAUCCCCCUAUUCAUGGCCUCCUUAGCCUACAUUGGCGUGGGUUAUCAAUCGUUUGUGUGUUGGUGUUACCUUCCCCAGCAACCGGUCUGGUACCGGUUGGUACUCAGCUGGGUACCUCGCUAUUGCAUAAUCGUCAUCAUCAUAUUGAUUUAUGGACUAAUUUAUUAUUACGUGCUCAAAGAAUUCAAGGCUUUGGGAGGAGUCUUUACAACCAUGCAACACCACAACACACGGGAUUCAAACGUUAAGCCGUCAUUUUUCUCAUCACUCAAAUUCUUUUUCAUAAAUGUCAAGGAUGGCAUUUACGACAAAUUUUUCGUACCAAACUCAGAUCGUUUCGGUGCCUCCUCUAGCUCAGAGAACUCUGCCGUCGACCCUGUGACUUCACGAACAAAAACCGUCCAUAGCCUGGACGAAAGCCCUAAUAACGACCAACAACAUCAACCUCAUAAUCACACCAAUAACAUUAUGCAUGAUCCUGAAUUAGAAGCUGCUAACUUGGCUAACUUUAGGAAACGCCAAAAGCUCAUCGAGAGACAGAUGAAAUCCAUCUUUGUCUAUCCAAUCGCUUACGUCUCAGUGUGGCUUUUCCCCUUCAUUUUACAGUGCACACAGUUUAACUAUGAGAGAACCCACGGGGCAGUGAUCUGGCUCAACUACUUGGGUGCUUUCAUGCAACCAUUUAAUGGAUUUGUGGAUUCCAUGGUGUUCUUCUAUCGUGAGGAGCCAUGGAAAUACACAAUCAUGAAAAACUACGAAAAAGACAAUGCAUACAGACUUGACAACUAUGUCCGUCAUCAUAGCGGAGAUCUGGAUACCGUGAGCAGACGUCGGAGAUUAAGUUCUUACAGCGCUGCAGUGUCCUCAGAUGUACAGCAGUACUCUUGGUGGAGACGCUUACUUGGAAAGCUUCGUCUUCCGCUUAUGGGCUUGCCAACAGAAGAAAACAUCACGAAGUUUCAAAAUAGCUACUUGUCCUCACGCUUUGAAGAGCUGUGCUCGACUGCACAAGGUCUGGGAGAAACGCAACCGAUUGACUCUAAUGGCACCCCUGACUUCAAAUCGCUCAUGACCAAGCAUGACUUCUCCAACCUUUUGACCGGUGAUCUCGCAGAGGGAGAAUUUAGGCUGGUUCUAGAUAACUACUCGCUCAAUUUUCAAAGGCGCUCGAGUCACUCGUCACAAGGAGGAAAGCAUGAUACCAAAACCAUAGCAUCUGCAUCAAACAAGUCGUCGAGAUCGAGAAGAUUCUCUGCCAUGGACCCUCAUGAGCCGAUUCCGGAGUCGAAAGAGUUCACUCCGCAAGAGUCACACGCUAACCCUCGGAAGAGUAGUUCUUAUGCCCAUAGCAAGCGUCCUUCGCAACAACGAAGUGAUCGUUCUGGUAGCAUUGGUGAGGACGUUGAACUCGAUUUCCUUCAGUUUUUACGAGACGGUCAUUGA